AACAACAACUAACAGUCUUACACCAGCUUCAUCUCAUCAUCAAUCAUUCUGGAACUGAAAGAAAGACCGAUAGAUUGCACUAAACAACACGCAGGAUGCGCACUACGCACCCACUCUUUCUCAAGUUUUAGUUACAUACACACACUUCACCUCUUUCGCUUUCUUCGACACCUGUGACUCAUUCAUUUUCUCGAGAAAAUUUUGUUUUCCCGGGAAACUAACAAACAAACUCUCAUCUCCGAUGCAAAUACUUUCCUCUUCCCGUCGAUGACGAUCCUCGAUAUUUGCCGUCCUUCAACUUCUAUUUUGGAUCAACCUAUGGAUCUAUGCUGCCGUAUUUUUCCUUGCCUCGCUGAUCCUGGUCGAAGGUCUACGACGUGCUUGAAGCUGGUUUUGUUGUUGGUUCAUCUGAUUUAUGCCGGUGUUCUCUUCUUAUUUGAUGAAGAUUUGAUUGAGAAGACUAAGAAAGAACCGUGGUACACUGCUUUAUACUUGCUGCUGUUUUUUGUUACUUUAGUACAAUACUUUGCUACAUCUGUUUCCAAUCCAGGUUAUGUCAUUGAAGCCAUGAAAGAGGUUAAUAAGAGAAAUGUAGUACACACGAAGACACCAGAAACAUCAAAUCAACCAGCUUCAAGCAAAAAUGGGAGCUUCAUAAUUUCCAUCGAGGGAAAUCAGACUGGAAAAAAUGUUGCAGGAAGUAAUGGAACAUAUUGGUCAAAGUUGGUGGCAGAGUUGUAUCCUCCUGGAUCAGCAGUCAGAACAUGGACUUGCAGUUACUGCAGUGUGGAGCAGCCUCCACGAGCAAAGCAUUGUCAUGAUUGCGACAAAUGUAUUCUUCAAUUUGAUCACCACUGUGUUUGGCUUGGAAAUUGCAUUGGUCAGGGUAAUCAUUGUCAAUUUUGGUGGUACCUCUGUGAAGAGACUGCAGUGUGCAUCUGGACUGGCUUCUUUUAUAUUUCACACCUGAAGGCUCACAUUACAAGUGUUUGGUGGCAAGAUGCAAUCAUGAUACUACUCUUAAUCACUCUGGCCGUUUGCCUUAUCUUUCUGCUUCUCCUACUGCUAUUUCAUAGUUAUCUAAUUGUGACAAAUCAGACUACCUAUGAACUUGUAAGGAGAAGACGGAUUCCUUAUCUAAGGGCAAUUCCAGAAAGAGUGCAUCCUUUCAGUAAAGGAAUUUGUAGAAAUUUACACAACUUCUGCUGCUCACUUGGUUUAGAACGAAUACCUACCCCACAAGAAAUAGAGGAAAAGUCAAGGCCAUACACAUGCUCGGAUCUUGCAACUUGUCGGUGUUGCUGAUGGUUUGAGUUUUGUAUAAGUCUUUUCCUCCAACAGUAUAUUUGUGAGUGCAUAGAGUAUGUCAAUGCAUCUGUUUGAUUAGAUGCUUAGAUGUUUAGGAUAUUAACAAUAUGAUUUCUCGUCUAUCAUUCAUUCUUUGGUAAUUUUUGAAGGUCGGUGUUUCUAGUUUAUUGUAUAGUUGCAGUGCUAGUGCGUUCUUUUGCUUUACACUUGUAAUCUUUUAGACCAUCAUAUCUAGGAUCUAGCUAAUAUCGAAUGGACUCUUGUUAUUAAACACAAGGGAUGAUAGAGUAUUCAAGCUGAAUACUUGCGAGCUGUUGAAGUGACAACCUCUGUGAUCAUAUGUAAACAUGCCCGGUGGCAAAAGAAAGACUUGCAAAUAUCAGAAUCCCCUAUUUAUUCUUCCACAAGAGAUUAGCAAAUCAAAUUUUAGAACUUGCAAUAU